GAAAGGCGAGAGCGCGAGCGCGAGCUGGAGCUGGGAGUGAGUCGGGGAGCGAUCGGUCGAUCGAAUGGCGAGUGCAGGCGCGGAGUGAGGAGAGGGCGCUGCGCUGCGCUGAGCAGCGGGUCAGCUGGCACGAAAGGCAAGAACGAGGCGGGCGAAGAAGAUCAGCGGAAGAAAAUGGUAUUCCGGCUUCGGGAGAUGCGCCUGCGGGCCGGGCGAGGCCGCUAGGUAGAUGAGGAAGGCGCCGUAGGUUUUGGAUCUGUAAUUCUGGUCAUGAGCAGCAGCAGCAGCUUGUUCGCCUCGUGGGGACCGAUGGGGCUCGGAUAAGCUGUGCGUGCGUGCGCUGGGAGCUGCAACUCGAGGCUUAUGUUUGCGCGUCGGAAGUGUCCAUCGCUGUAAUCGCUCUGGGGUAGUUCGCUCUGAUUAACAGCUCCGGUUCGUACUUGAAAACCUCCUUCUUUGGGUGUUGUGCUCUGCAGUCUUACCCGACCUCUGGCAGCUCAAUGUUGAGCCCUUUCUUGGAUAUGCCUGCCUAGUUUGGAGAGGAGCGGUCUAUCGAAGCCAGCCUGAUUUUAACCUCUCGCUCUCCAGCGGAUUCAAUUGAUGAUCGUUUUCACCGGAAAUGGGCUGUGUGUAGAGAAUAUUGUGAUGUUGGUUUCUUCUGAAAGCGACCACGUUGUUCUGACGGAAUUAAAUUAUCCUUCCCUUGUAGCUUUCGAGCUAGUUUCCACCGUACCAGGUCGGUCCUUGCGGAGAGUUGAAACUAGUGCACAUGGUAUGAUACAGCAUUGUAUCUCCGCAUUUGCUUUUUCUAGUCCAAUGGAAGCACUGGAUGGAAGCACUGUAUCAUGCCAUGUCGACGGACCUUGUUCCGGAUUCAUUGCUGUGCAGUGUCCAGGAAACAUAUUAAAAGCCGAUCAUUUUUGGUUCCGUAUGCUCCAGCAUAUACUAUUUCGUUGAGUUAGUGUAUAUUGGAGUAUUUCAGGCGCUCAUCUUCGAAGGAGGUCGUGCGUACCUCCCAUCGACGGAUAUAUUUUUGAAAGUCUCCGAUAAACAAGGUUCAAAACUCGCAGCGUAGCUCUUCAAGCACUUAAUAUUGCAGUUGGAGCUGGAAUGUUAUUGGACUUUUAACAAUGGAGUUUGCACCUUCAUCUACUAGUGCGAUGCAGUGGUUGUCAGAGAUGGGACUGGAGGAUCCUUCUCUUGUGAGGCACUUAGAUAGUCUCUUUCCCCCUACAUCAGAAUCGCUUGUGAAUGUCGUCGGACACCAAAAUGGCCAUAAUCUUAGCUUUCCCUCAUUGAUGCCAGGAUUUAAGACAGGUAACGAUGUGAAGAUCCCGAGUGCAGUGCCUCCUCACAAUCUUUCAUCGUACUCAUCUCCAUUGGACAGCCUUUGUAAUCUUGAAAGGCCCAUGAAGAUGCUGAGGUCGAAUGCUUGGGAAGGAAAUAUUUCUCAGCAAGGCCAAAGGAGCUCCACUGUACCGAUUUACUCUGGAAAACCUCAGCACCGCAUGGUGCAAUUUUUGCAGCCCGAGAAGAUUGGGAACCAUCGUACUGAAGGGUUUACUUCUUUGUCGAAAAUACCUGAUGAAACACUGGAGUCUGUUGCUUCAACAACAACCUCUAUUCCAUGUCGUAACGGAUUAAGAAUCCAGGAAAAUUGCAACGAUGUACACUCCUCGAUAGAAACAGAGAGUAACAGUUGUGGAAGAGAGAGUCCAAAUUCUCUUGGAGAAUCAAUGCCAGGGAAGAGAAAACCAGAUAUGGAUUACGUGGAUGUGAAGCCGGAUAGAGUCAAUGCUGUCCAAGCACCAUUCACCACUGUGAAAGGUUCUGGUCACACACAAGACCACAUUAUGGCCGAGAGGAAACGUCGGGAGAAGUUGAGCCAACGUUUUAUUGCACUGUCUGCCAUUGUACCAGGACUUAAAAAGAUGGACAAGGCUUCCGUCCUUGGUGAUGCAAUCAAAUAUGUCAAGCAGCUACAAGACCGGGUUAAAACCUUAGAAGAAAGCACUCCAAAGAAGGGCCUGCGGACAGUUUACACUGUGAAGAAACAGUCUAGAAACGCCAGCGAUGAGGAGGAUACGAGCGAGAACACCACUGUCACAACGGUUGAAGAUGAAGAACAGGCUGCAGAGAUUGAAGCUCGUAUGAUUGAGAAAAAUGUUCUCAUUAAACUGCACUGUGAGAAGAAGAAAGGUGUGCUAGUAAAAUCUUUGGCGGAAUUGGAGAAGCUGCGUCUGGUCGUUGUCAGUGCGAACAUUCUUUCCUUUUCAGCAACCGCUCUUGACCUGACCUUCAAUGCGAAGGUCGAAGAAGGUUCCGAGCUGACUGCCGAUGACAUAGUUAAUGCAUUGCAGAAGCUUUUUAAAACUUUCACUUGAACCUGGCUGCAAAAGUCGAAGCUUGUGUCAAAAACUAACAUAACGUAAACACAACGGUUACCAAUUUGUGGGGAAGGGAGCUCAAGUCUUUGAGAAGUUCAAAGACUCUUGGAGAUUUGAGCUUCAUACUCUAAGAAACUUGUACAGGACACAGAGCAAACUAUUUCAGGAUAGUAGAGCGUAUGACUUUCAGAGAAUUUCCAUUUUCUUCGUUUUUCAUGCUUUUUCCCCCCGUGCAUUUGAACCUACUCCCGAUGGGGUUCAGUGUACAAUCGGGGGUGUGGAUUUUCACACAUUUUCAUCUGCCAGUCUGGGCUGUUACGACAAAUUCCAGACCUGCCAAAUUUUGUGCGAGAACUUUCUUGCUGUAACCUUCUGAAGCCCCUUAACUUACUCUCCCUCCACCUUCACUCAAGCUUUUUUCUUUUUUUAAGAGGAUGCUUUGCUAUCCCUUUUCCUAGAAGGUGGAUGACAAUAGUGGUAGUUUUUCAAUCCAAUGAGGGCCUGGCUCCCUUUUUGACUGCUGGUGGUCUAUUGGUGAUCUUCAGAAUUUUUUUGCAGGGUCCAUACCCUGUUCUCCAUUUCUCAGACCACCUAAAGCCCACCAGUUCAGUUUUGGUCUCCAGGUAUCAGGCUUAGCAUUGAGCAUGCUAAAAGUCAACUCAUUAUGGGUUGGGGUAGGGUUUCACGUAAGAUAUGAUCUUGUGCUCGAUCUGAUUUGGUGUUCUUAGUGCUUUAACUAGUACCAACACAUGUGUUGCUAUGGAAAAAAUGUACAAAUACAAAAGUUUCAUUGAGGAUGAUGCGUCCGUUGAGCAUCCUUCUCAUGACACAUAAAUAAAGUAUGGAAGGUAGCCUUCAGGGCUUAUAAGUC